UUCAUUUCAGUCACAAUGAAUUUACAAGUUUGUCUAUACAUUAUAGUUCUUAUAUACGUUCGCGAGGGAGAUACCGGCGGAGCCUGUCAUUAUUUCAGUGAAAAUAAGUUGGACUGGUUCGACGCAUUAUUUGCCUGUCAGAAAAAGAAACUAUGUCUGGCCAAUUUUGAUACCAAAGAAGCAUUUGAUGAUCUCCCACGAAAAUUCAAUAUUACAGACGAGUAUUGGAUUGGUCUAAACGGUUAUGAGAAGAAUGUACUUCGAUAUGUAUCCAACAACGAAGGUGUUAAAUAUAUGCCACCCGAAGCCACUAUCAAUGUUGAGCAGCCUUGCAUUUUUCUAAAGCCCAUCUUUCAAGGAAAAUUAACCUUUGAAUCAGACUACUGCUUACGUCGGCGUCGCUAUGUCUGCUCAUCGGCCGUCAUCUGCAAUGGUGUGGCGACAAACAGCACCUAUAAAGACAAAUAUUCUACAGAACUUCCUUGUGAUAUGAGCGACAUUGUCAAGGAUGUCAUUGGCAUACCCAAGUAAUAAUAAAGAUCAGUUGACAUAUGUUAUUGUAGCAUAUGGGUAUAUUUCAGAUA